AGAGAGAGUGGCCACCUGCUGGAGAUCAGGGGCGAACAGGGAAGUCUGGCACUGUAAGGAUUGGAUGUCAGGCUAAAACGAAAACAGGACACGUCUCUGCCGGAUUGUAGUAAUCUGCUCGUCAGAUCUCAGCUACGUCGGCGAGACAAGAUGUUUAAAAAACUGAAACAGAAGAUAAACGAGGAGCAGUCGCCUCAGAGGAAUGCGCAAUCACCGCAGCAGCAGGCCCAGGGCUCUGGUGAUCGCCGCAGCAGCCAGACUCCCCCAUUUCCUCAUGACGGUUCACCCACUCCCAGUGACAGAGAGAUGCUGGCUGGGAUGAUAGCAGAGCCCGCUUUUCUCUCUGAGUAUACUAUCUUUGCUCUGGACCAUUCAAAACGACCCAAAACGGCCCAGGUAGCCAGUGUGGGUGUCUCUAAAGGACCAUCCAGGUCACCCAGAGGUAGCAUCAAUGGUGAAGGAAGUGCUUUUCCUCAUAGAGAGGAACCUCAGUCUUUUGCCCAGAAAUUGCAGUUAAAAGUUCCCUCAAUGGAGUCGCUGAUUCGUGGAGGUGCCAGUCGGGCAGAAAAUCUGUUCCGCUCUCCAUCUAAAGAGAACCUGGUACGAAGCUCAUCGCGCGACUCACUGAAUCUUUCGGGAGACAACGAGUCUCAAGGCACGCCCACGUAUGAUGAUCCGCCCUCAGAUAUUGAGAGUGAGGCUGAGGAGCCACCAGGAAGUGCUGAGGCCCUUUCCAAAGAACAGCUGUUGCACCGACUGCUUCAAGUAGAGAGGAGUCUGGGGAAGUACAGAGGAAAGUACUCGGAGCUGGUUACUGCAUAUCGAACAGUGCAACGUGAUAAAGAAAAAACACAGGUCAUCCUCAGUCAGAGUCAAGACAAAGCUCUCCGCAGGAUAGGGGAGCUGCGGGAGGAACUUCAGAUGGACCAGCAGGCCAAGAAACACCUACAGGAAGAGUUUGAUGCUGCACUGGAGGAAAAGGACCAGAUGAUCAGUGUCCUUCAUACACAGGUUGCUCUGUUGAAGAAACGAGUCAAGGUGGUCCCUGGUGCUGCAUUACCUGAAGAUGAGGUUCCUCAGUCUGAGGAUACUGAAGACUCUUUUUCUGCCACACAAAGUCCUUCUAAGGAGCAAGGACUUGAACCAGAAGCCAGUGAGGGAGAGGGCAACAGUGAUCCAGCCAAACUCAUGGAGGCGCUACAGAAGAGAGUGAAGAGGCAGGAAAACCUUCUGCAUAAGUGUAAAGAGGUGAUGCGCACACACAAGGAGCGCAGCACCCAGCUGGCAAGUGAGAAUGAAACUCUGCACGAGCAGCUGCAGGAAAGACUGCAGGAACUGGAGAAGAUGAAGGAACUGCACACAACUGAAAAGACAAAGUUGAUCACUCAGCUGCGUGAUGCUAAGAAUCUCAUUGAGCAGCUGGAGCAGGACAAGGGAAUGGUCAUUGCUGAGACAAAGCGCCAAAUGCAUGAGACACUGGAAAUGAAAGAGGAGGAGAUUGCACAGCUUCGCUCCAGGCUCCAGCAGACAACUGCCCAGAAGGAAGACUUACAGGAACAGAAAGAAAAAGCUGAGAAGUCAGCAUUUGAAGAACUCGAGCGAGCGCUGGGUGUAGCUCAGAAGGCGGAGGAGGCCAAAAAGCAGCUGCAGGUUCAGCUGGAGGAGCAAAUGAAGAACAUUGAGAUGGCCAGUGAGCAAGAGAGGAAGCUUUUGCAGCAGGAACUCACAAGAGUCAAACAGGAGGUGGUCGCUAUCAUGAAGAAGUCAUCAGAGGAAACAUUUACAGCUAUGGAAAAGGUCCACGGAGAAGCUCUGGCUACUAAAGAAGCAGAGCUGAGUGCCAGAGUGAGCGAAGCUGUGGAGAAAUGCAAAGAGGAGUUUGCCCAGGUAGCCAAGGAGCAGGAACAGCAGGCUUCUCUUGCUCUGGAGGAUGCAGAGUUACAGAAGACCGCUCUGAGGACUGAAGCUGAUAAUAAGGUUAAAGAGAUACAGCUGGAGCUGGAAAGUGCAAGGACUAGGAUACUGGAGCUUGAGAGUUCUCUGGAGAAGAUCUCACAAGACGGAUCAUGUCUGUCCCAUGAACUUUCCAGUCAGCUGGAUGAGCUAAACGAUAAGCACCAAGAGCAAAUCACUGCAUUAGAGAAAAAGCAUCAGGAGCAGUUGGAAAACAACAAGGAUGCCCUAACCCUGCACCAUGAUGCAGUUGUGGAGAAGCUCAAGGAAAAACAGAAAGUUGAGGUAGAGAUGCUUCUGAAGGACAAAGAGCUGCAGUUCCAAGCACAUGUUGAAGACAUGAACCAGAAAACGGUAGAGAAACUGGAUGCAAAGCAGGCAGAGAUUGAGGCUCUUUCAUCUGAACUCUCUGAUGCGUUGGCUAGCAAACAGCUUCUGGAGGAGAAGUUAGUGGCAGCUGUAGAUGCUCAAAAUGUAGCUCAAAAGGAGCAGGAGGAGAAGUUUCAGGAUCAAGCAGCAAAGCACAACAUCGACCUCGUGAAUAUUAAACAGGAGCACGAGCAAGCAGUCAGAGGUAUAGAAAAAACUCUGAAAGAGGAGCUUAAUGCAUUGAGCAUUGUUCUGAAGGAAAAGGAAAAGAAAAUUGAGGAGCAUAUCCUUAGAGAAAAAACACUUCAUGAUGAAUCACAUUCCAGUUUGCAAGAAGUAAAUGUUAAGGUUAAGGAACUAGAGCAGCUGCAGCAGAGUUUAUCAGAGUCCCAGUUGGAUAGUGGGAGUCUGAAGGAGUCUAAUGCCCAAUUAUCAGAAGACCUUGAUCAGUGUAAAAAGAAAUUGGCAGAUUUGGAGCAUCAGUUGGAAGUUGCAAAGAAUGAUUGUCAAGAAAAAGGUAAUUUGCUUCAAGAACUGGAGAACCAAUUACAAGAGUCCAAAAAGGAUCUCUCAGACAAGGACCAGUCAUUGACUGCAGAUCUAAACGCUAAGCAGGAGGAACAUGCAAAACUCAAGAAACAGCUGGAUGAUGAAAAAGCUGCACAUGAAAAGAAGGUCAAAAGAAUAACAGAGCUGGAAAACAAGGUUAAAUCGCAGGAAACUAAAAUGGAAAAGUUCAAGCACAAGGCCAAAGAAAUGCAAGAGAAUUUUAAGAAAAAGCUUCAGCAAAGUGAAGAGAACACGAAGAAGGAACUUGCAAAGAAGGAGGCAGAGCUUCAGCAGAAAGAGCAAAAGGUUCAAGAGAAAAUUCUUGAGAUGGCCCAAAAAAGCUCCCAAGGCCUCAGCACUGCAAUGACCGAGUUGCAAGCUAACCAUAAAGAUGAAGUGGAGAAGCUACGUGACUCCCACAAACACGACUGUGAGGAGCUGGAGCGUCAGUUGAAGGAGAAGUUUGGACAGCAGGAAGAAGAAAUAAUGGAUAAACACUCCCUCAUACUACAGGAGAAGGCACAGGAACUGGAGGACUUAUCUCAGCAACUAGGCAGAAGCAGGGAGGAAAAUGAUCAAGCAAUGUGUGAAAUAAAGGAUUUAAGGGAGGACCUGGCAAUUCGAGAAACCACUGUGCAGAAGCUGCAAGAAGAGCUUAACGAAGCAGCAGUUAAGAUGGAAAGUUUGUCUCAAAGUGAAACACUGCUGAAAGAGCAAAUUGAGUCAGUGGAGAGGAACCUAAAACAGGCUAUGAAUGAGAGAAAUGCCCUCCAAGACGACCUGAACACAACAGAAGAACAGGGCAGGGAGAAGUUAAAGACACUAUCUGAGACGUUGGAGGAAACAGAGAAGCAGCUCAAAGCUCUGCAAGGUUCCAGAUGUAAGGAAAGUGAGGACCUACAGAAUAAGUUUGAGGAAACUGCUGUCCAACUACAAGCCAAGGAAGCAGAGCUCCAGCAGCAACUAAUUAUGAUCAGCAACCAGAUGGAGAGAUACUGUCGAGAGGUUCAGUCUAAAGUUGAGUGUGAAUCUAAUGAACUCUGUCACAGAGUUGAGUGUAGGCUAAAUGAGCUGAAGGGUAGACUGCUGUGUAGUCAGAAUAAGAUAGGGCACCUCAAAACCACUAUCCUUACUAAAGUAGAUAGAGUUUGCACUUUAGAGGAGACUCUCCGCCAGCAAAUGGAGGAGAACAAGAAUCUAUGCAUUUCAUUAGACGACAUGACUGCUCAGGUAAAUGCUCACAUCGAGCACAUCAAAGCCUUAACACACGAGAAGGAGAAUCUUUCUCUGUCUAUCGAUGAAAAAAAUCAAAAACUCGAGGAGCUGAGUGAAGCCAACAGAAUCAUCUCGGAUAGUAUGAAAACAAACGAGGAGCAUAUCCGUGGCUUGGAAAACAUCACCAGUGACUUAAAAAAACAGCUAGAAAGUAGCAUGGAGCAGAAGGAGGAAGCCAUAAAUCAGAUGAAGCAGCAGUAUGAAGAGGAGCGACAACAGGCUGCUGCACAAAUGAAGGAGACCAUAGAGAGAUUGGAGCAGGAGAGGAAGUCUGCGUUAGAGCAGGCCGACACUCUCAGGAACAGCUUUUCUGAGUAUGAGAAUAAAGCGGAGACAAAGUUCAUCCAGAAUGACCACACUAUUACAUCUCUGCAGAGCAGGCUUGAAGAGCUGGAGUCUGAGAUCUCGGACAAGAAAGACGCUCUGCAGAGCCUUACAGCAAGUAUUGACAAUCAGUCCAUAAGUAAGUCCGAGAUGGACCAAGUGUUGAGUGAGAAAGAGCAGAGACUCGGCAAACUCUCCUCAGAACUGGAGAGUUGCAUUAGCCAACUCAGAGAGCACCAGGAGCAGCUGGCCUUAAAGACAAAAGAGUGUGAACAACUCACAGCGGAUCUCGAGCAGCAACACGGCAUCAGGGAGAGUGAAAAACGAGAGUUGGUGGAGCAGCUUCAGCAGGUCCAGAUGAAGUGCACUCAGACUGUUAACGUAGAGCAGGAGAUGGCGGAGAAAUUACACUCAUUCGAGGAAGACAACCAAAAGUGUAAACUCGAGCUGGAAAGACAAAGAGAGGAAUUUGAAAGGAUGAAAGAUGAGAUUAUCAAGCGCAAGGAGGAGAGUCUGAAGGCAAUGGAGGAGAACCUAGUCGCAGAGAGCGCUAGAAAGGUAGCGGAGCUGAAGAAGAAAGCUGAGCAGAAAAUAGCUCAGAUUAAAAAACAGCUGACCUCACAGCUUGAGGAAAAAGAGCAGACGAUCAAGGCUCUUCAGACUAAUUUGGAGGAAAACAAAAGCAGUGAAACAUCCAGCACACAACACAUAGAGGAAUUAGAAGAGAGAACAAAAUCACUGGAGGAGGCUCUUGUUAAACUGAAAGAGGAGCACACGAAACAACUAGAAGAAAUUCUGAGUAAUGAGAGGCUUGAGAAAGAAAAGUCUUUAGAAGAAUUGAAAAGUGUGUAUGAAGAGAAGCUGUCCUCAGUUCAGACGGAGGCAGCUGAACAAGGGGGACGCAAAGAAGCUGAAUCAGCGCUGCGUGAAAUUGAGGCGAAGCUAAAAGAAGCAGAGGAGCAGAAUCAAAGCCUUGUUUCAGAAAUAGAUAAGCUGAAAGAAGAAAUGCGUGACAAGGAAGCCCAGCUUAAUCACCAUCAGGCAAUGAUUAAUCGAGCAGAAGUUGAAUCUGAGAUCAAGGUUGAAUGCAGCAGCCUACAGCGGACCCAGAGCGUGAUGGAAAACCACGCCCCCAUGCAAGAAGUGGAUGGUGAUUCUCUGGAGUCUCUCAAGAACAAACUGAGUCAGGUGACAAAUGAGAAAGAGAAAUUGCACAAGGACUUCACCAGGUUACAGAAAGACAUCCGACUACUGAGGAAGGAGCAUGAACAGGACGCAGAGUACACCAAGAAAGAGUUGUUGGAGGAGAAUGAGAAAAAGCUGAAAUUGGAGCUGGAGGAUUUGGAGAUGAGGCACAAUUCUACUAUCAAGCAAUUAAUGAGAGAGUUCAACACACAAAUGGCCUUAAAAGAGAGGGAGCUCGAUACAUCAGUUAAAGAAGCUAUUGCAAAGGCUCAGAGUGUUGAAGCAGAGCUCAUCACUUGCCAUCGUGAAGAAGCCAGUCAGCUCAGGAAGGCGAUUGCCCAGAAGGAGGACGACUUGCACAGAACUGUUCAGAAAUACGAACAGGUUUUACAGAGUCGAGAGGAGGAGAUGGGAGACAGAGUGUGGCAGGUUCAAAAAGAACUGGAGGACUUGCAAGCAAAGAGCCGUGGCACUUCUGAGCUGAGCCCAGAAGAAUUGCAGGCUCAACUUGCUGAGAAGACGUCCUUGCUGAGCGAGGCUCGGCUGAAGGAGCAGGGGUUUCUGGAGACGAUUCACUCACUUGAGGACAAGAUUAAGUGUUUCCACCGAAAAACUGUCGUAACUCAUCUGGGGAGCACGUUCAAAGACUCCGUUGUCACUGACGCUCUCUCAGAAUCUGCUGAGAUGGAAUACCUGAGGAAGGUGUUGUAUGAAUACAUGAUGGGACGGGAAACAAAAACAAUGGCCAAAGUGAUUACCUCCAUGCUCAAGUUUCCUCCAGAACAAGCGCAGAAGGUUUUGGACAAAGAGGACACCAAACCAGUUCCUUGGUUACGAUGAGUGCCUGAAAAGUCCAGGUACAUUUGGAGGGAAUUUGCUGCUGCUGCUCAAGGGAAAUACUGACAUGGAUCAGAUAGAGUCCUUCUCUUUGCAUUUUCUGUCAUUUUAUAUGCGAGUGAGUGAGUGAGUGAGUGUGUGUGUGUUUGUAUGCAUACGAGCACAUACUAGGGCACAAGUUGGCAUUGUGUGUGAGUUUUUGGGUGCAGUAUGUAUCACUACAUUUAAAGGUAUUAGGGAAAUAUGAGAGAAAAAUACUAGAAACCGAAAUCUUCCAUGGAUUCAGUUUUACGUUGUGGUUAAAUUUGUUAAUUUAUAUUUUUUAGAUUAAGAUUAAUUGGUUUCUCUUUUCUUUUAUUAUGUGUUUAUAAUAUGCAUUGGCGCGUGCAAUAAACGAUAUCAGUACCAUGUAUUGAUGCUGAUGGUAAGUUGAUUAAUAGGUUUGUGUGUUGUGCUCUCGUCUGAAUCACUUCCUCUGUAAAACUGUUAAUGACCCUUUAACUGUGCAGUCGCACCACAUUAAGAAAACGGCCUCUGUGGACCUUCAACUCAGCUUUUCUAUGCUUUAUAUUUUGUCACUGAUGCUGACAUAGAAGCCCCAAAAUACAAACAAACUGUAAAUUGUACUAUAAUGAUUAUGAGAACUGUACUUUAGGGCACUAUAUGACUUGCUAUACAUUUUCAGACUAACAAAUUAAAUCUUAUUUACAGAA